GCUCGUUGGUUUUCUUUUCAUUCCUGUCUCCAUCUUCAGCUUCAAUACCCGCAUCGAUCUUCACGCACGUUCCGUCCUCUCUCCUCUACUUCUCCCGCUCAGUUGGCGUGGGGGACGCUUUAUUACUUAUUAACAGCCCUCUUUCUUCCUUCUCUUACCCCCCUUGCCGACGGCUUGGAAGAAGAGCCUGGCCUCCCCCCCGACCCCUACUCCUCCCCCUCCCCUUGCUCUCGUGCUGUCGUGCUCAUGGCGGGUUACAGCGUUUUGCCGGCUUACUACCAUGAGGAGUCUGUCAAGGCGCAUCUGUCGAGUCCCGCUCCUACGAUGGACCCCAUGGGCAAGUACUCGUUGAAGCAUCAAGGUGCUUUCUCGGCUGUGGAGGCCAUCGUGGCGCAAGAGGACGGACAAUCGAGCUUGAAGGCCGCGGGCGGGGCGAUGGUGAGCAUGCACAAUAACGUGGAUUUGCGCGUCGAGCUAGAAGGCGGCGUGGGUCAAGCUUGCUGUCGCUGCUGCUGCGCAGGUUCGUCCGCUUUCUUGACGCACUUCUUCAUCAAGCCGGAAUUGCCACAGGGGACACGUGGCGACGUGCUGUUGGCUCCUUCGGUCCCCGGAGAAACCAUGCUGCUUCAUCUCCACGGUGCAGGGGACGACUGGAUUAUGCAGAAGGGCGCUUUCUUGGCCUGCGAUCCAGGGGUAGAGAUCGGUGUUCACACCCAAGGGGUAAUCACGGGGUGUUUCGGCGGGCAGGGCAUCUUCGUCCUGAGGGCAUCCGGAGAAGGCCGCUUGCUUGUGAGCUCGUUCGGCAGCAUUAUCAGGUACGACCUAGGCCCCGGGGAGGUUCGCAAAAUUGACAACGGGGCGUUGGUGGCUUGGCAAGCGCACAUGGAUUACACCGUGGGCAAGGCAUCGAGAUCCCUCUUUGCGACUAUCUUCAGCUCUGAAGGAUUUGUCACGCGAUUCACAGGACCUGGCACUGUAUACGCUCAGACACGAAGCAUCGAAGGACUGGCGGACGCAGUCGCUCCGUACGUUCGUGCCCGCACGCAGGGAUGACAACCCUGAUCCUGUCGCGUCGGAUUGUUAGUUUUUUUUUUUUUUUUUUCUUUCUUCAAUUGUUAGUAUUUUCUAUAAUGCUUUUUUUUUUGUUUGUUUCACUCUCUCUUGCUCUCUCUGUCUCUGUUUGUUUCUACAUUCGGCUAUCUUUGCUGAACUGCGUCUCUUUGUUUCUACAUUCGUGUCUAUCUUCGUCGAAUCGAAGGCUAUCGGCUUCGUAACGACGCAGUUUAGCGUUCUCCUUACUUGAUUAGGUUUACCCAGUGUUUAUUAUUAUUUUUAUUAUUAUUUUUUAUUUUUAAUGUGUUUGCCAUUCCUGACAACGGUCUAGAGAUCCGAGUUGGUGUAUCCUCGUUCCUUCUCGUUCCUUCGCGGAUUUCGGUUUAUCUUUUUUCCAUGAAUAGGCUUGCCUCUUGCCAAAUGAUUUACAGAAAAAGAAGUGAAAAGAAAAAAAGAAGGUUUAUCAUUUUAGCCGAUUCGGUUCAGAAGCAGCACUUUUGGCGGUAAAUUGAUCGGUACCUGGUGAAGUUAUGUAUCGACCGUUUAAGGAUGUAUAAUCGUGUAGGGAUUAAUUACUAAUUAAAGA